AUGAGCUGGAGAAAGCCAGAAGAAGAACUCUCUUGGUCCCACCUCGUUAUCGUUAUCGCCAUAGCGAUCGGGGCAUGGCUUUUGUAUCGGCAGUAUGAUGCUGCUGCUAAGAGGAUGCAACGUCGUCAAGUCAUUCCUUUUGGAGAACUGCGAAUUGUUAAGGAGGGCGAAGACCCAAAAUUCCAAAUUAUCGCAGUUCAAGCUCUGGGAUCGCAUUCUGUCAGUACAUGGAAAAGCAAGGAGGCCGCCAACAAAGAAGAAACAGAUUUACUCCUAAACCUACUCCCAGCCCACCUCAAGGAUGCGAGAAGCCUUCAGUGGGUUUAUAACUCAGACUGGGAAUACGAUGGAUCUGUUGCGUCUCUACCAGAGUUCGGUAGAGACUUAUUGCGUCAGCUGAACGCGCAUUUCGAGCGUUAUGAAGGGCAAGAUGAUUUACUCCCAGUCGUAUUUUUAGGGUACAGCUUCGGGGGUCUUGUUAUUAAAGAGGCGUUCUUUGCUACGGAAAGUAACGAUGAUUACCUUUGGAAGAUAACUCGGGGUAUUAUAUUCCUUGGAAAACCGCACCUAGGCUCCUCAAUGCCGCAACUUGCAACUCUACGGGCGUUCUGCAACAGAUCCCUAUGUUCCAACGUAGAACUCAUCAAAGCUCUAAACUCGCGCCGCAGGCAUCUGAAGGAAUUGUUGAACAACUUUAACGAUCGGCUAAGAAAAGGCGGGUUAAGAGUCAUGCCUAUCGUAUCCAUUUCUGACACAAAGCCUAUGUAUCAGUUCGUACUACCUAUAGGACUGGUCAUUGAUUCGUUCUCCUCAGAAAUACAUGCUGUUGAGAGGUUGCAAUCGGCAUGCAGUCAUACAGAAUUAAACAUAUUCACCGGUGUCGACGAUCAGCGGCCUCAACAGCUGGUCCAUUACAUCAAAAGCGUCACGCCACCAUAUAUCCCGGAAACCACCGACAAAAUAAUAUGGGACUCUUGCUAUGCAGAUGGUGAGCUAAAGGUCGAUCGCCUGUCUGGGUAA